UCCAGCUGCUGCAAGCAAUCCUUUGUUACUGCAACAAUUUUCUUGAGUUUUUCAGCUUUUUUUUUCACAUGGGUGCAGAAACUAUUGUGGGUUGUGUUAUAAUGGACAAGUCCAAUAGCGGAGUAUCUCGUCUUAGCGUGAAGCAAGGCAAGCCGACCCUGCUUUCUCCGGCUGAAGAGACGGAAAAGGGUCUGUACUUUCUGUCGAAUCUCGACCAAAACAUCGCCGUGAUUGUUCGGACCAUUUAUUGCUUUAAGUCAGAAGAGAAGGGGAAUGAAAAUGCUGCUCAAGUGAUCAAGGAUGCAUUGAGAAAGGUUCUUUCUCAUUACCAUCCCCUUGCCGGACGGCUAACGAUCAGUUCGGAGGGUAAACUGGUUGUCGACUGCACCAGAGAAGGGGCGUUAUUUGUCGAAGCUGAAGCGAAUUGUAAGAUGGAGGAGAUUGGUGACAUAACAAAGCCUGAUCCCGAGACUCUUAGGAAGCUGGUUUAUGACAUUCCUGGUGCUAAUAGCAUACUAGAGAUGCCACUUCUGGUGGCUCAGGUGACCAAAUUUCAAUGCGGGGGAUUUGUGCUUGGCCUGUGCAUGAACCAUUGCAUGUUUGAUGGCAUUGGUGCUAUGGAGUUUGUCAAUUCAUGGGGAGAGACAGCCCGAGGUUUGCCUCUAACCGUUCCUCCAUUCUCCGAUAGGACAAUUCUGAAAGCUCGAAUCCCACCGAAGAUCGAGUACCUGCAUCGGGAAUUCGCUGAGAUAGAGGACGAGUCCAGCACUGAUGAGCUUUACAAUGGCGAAAUGCUUUAUAGGUCGUUCUGUUUCAAGCCCGAGAAGCUCAAGAAACUAAAGAAGGACGCUAUGGAGAACGGGGUCCUCGAGAAAUGUUCUACAUUCGAAGCGCUCUCGGCGUUCGUGUGGAGGGCUCGAACCAAGGCACUUAACAUGCUGCCAGACCAACAAACGAAGCUUCUCUUCGCCGUGGACGGAAGGACUAAAUUCAAUCCGCCUCUACCAAAAGGGUACUUCGGCAACGGCAUCGUGUUGACGAAUUCCAUAUGCGAAGCAGGCGAGUUAUUGGAUAAGCCAUUUUCACAUGCUGUAGGGCUGAUCCAAGACGCGGUCAAGACGGUCACAUACGAUUACAUGAGGUCGGCCAUCGACUACUUCGAGGUCACGAGAGCUAGGCCGUCUUUGUCAUCGACCCUGCUCAUCACCACAUGGUCUAGGCUAUCUUUCCACACCACGGAUUUUGGAUGGGGAGAGCCGGUUCUAUCGGGGCCGGUCGCCUUGCCGGAGAAGGAAGUGAUCUUGUUCCUAUCCCAUGGCAAAGAGAGGAAAAGCAUAAACGUUCUUCUGGGAUUACCAGCUUCUGCGAUGAACGUGUUCCAAGAACAGAUGAAGAUUUAGAUCAUAACAAGAAUGAUUGAUUUGCAGAAUUUAAUUAAUUAAUGUCGUGUUUGUGAUAUACAUACAUAUAUAUAUAUAUAUAUAUAUUGAGAGCUGGAGGAGGCAAACGAUCAAUUUGAACUUGUAUUCCUCACAAAUUAUGCAUCUUU